AUGACGACUGUUGAACAAAAUGGGCUUAGCGGUCGAGAUCUUCGAAUCAAAUUAUUUGAUUUGAUGAAAUCAAAAGGAAUUGUUGAUAAUACCAAAUCUCAUCUACGCGGUCGUUUAAUUCAUGAGUUACGUGGUGGUCUUGAUGAUCAAAUUCGAUUUUCAUCUUCAACUGUACAACCUACACUUCUUGUUCGUGCACUUAAUGCAUUGAUUGUAGAUUAUUUUCAAGGACAAAAAUAUGAUUAUACAACAAGUGUUUUUAUACCUGAAGCAAAUAUUAACGAUUAUAAAAUAAUGUCAGAUGAAGAAAUUCUUCGUCUACUUAAUAUAUCAACAGAAUCAACUUUUUAUAAGAAAAUUAAAUCAAAUAGUGAAAUUAAUGGUCAUACAAGUCUAUUAAUGUCUAUGUUAACAUGUAUAGCAUCAUGGUUACCAGGUUCAUGGCAAAGUAGUGGAACACAAACAGCUAAUGAUUUAUGGGCUGGUUCGAUUGCUGGAUCAACUCUUGAUGAGAAAUUAAAUAAUCUUGAUGCGAUGUAUAGCAAUCGUCGUGAUGAUUUAACAUCUAUACAUAAUCUAUCAACAGAAGAAAAAUUAUUAUUAUUUCAGAAAAACAUCGAAUUAAGAACAAAAGAAAGUCUUCAACAACAAAUGGAUCAAUUUCGUGACAACGAAAUAAAAAAAAUUCGUGAAGAUGAACGUCGUAAAUGUCAAGUGGAAUUACAAUCACUUCGAAAAGAACUUGAAACACUUUAUAAAUCAAAACACGAAACAUUAAAUGAAAAAGAGAUGCGUAUAGGAGAUCGAUUUAAAGUUGAACUUGAGAAUGAAAAACGAGAAUUAUAUGCACAACGACAAGCAUUUCUUGAUGAAUUAAAAGCAAUGAAACUUCGAGAAACAGAAAAUCAAAGAAAUCUCGAAUUACGAGAACGAUCUUUAACAUUAGAAGCUGAUCGUGUAAAACGUCUUGAUGAUGAUAUACGUAAACGAGAAGUAGUAUUAUCAAAUACUGAAGUACAUGUUGAUCAACAAGUACAAAUGAAAUUAAACAAAUUACGACUUGAAAUUGAACAACAAUUUAAUGAACGAAAUAAAAAUUUACAAUUAAUUGAAAUGAGAAAUCAAGAAGAAGCAAGACGACUUAGUGAAGAACGUUUAACAGCUGAACAAACUAAAACAGAAGUUGUAUCAAUGCGAAAACAUUAUUCGGAAGCUGAUUCAAAAAUACAUCGUUUACACAGUGAACUUAAAGUUCUUCAAAGUGAAAACGAAAUUUUACGUGAAAAAGCUAAACAAGUAUUUGAUUAUCAAUCAAUUCGAGAAGAGAAUGCUGUUUUAAAAUCACAAAUGAAUAAUACAACAAGUCGAUCACAACGUUCUCAUCGACAUCAUUAUGAUAGUAGUAGUUCAUCACCGCAUGAACGAUUAAGUAAUUCAAAAGGAAUUGUGCGUGAAUUGAAAAAUGUUCUCGAUAAUCAAGUUGUUGGUCAAAAAGUUGUUAAUGAUGAAUUAGUUGAUUUAAAAACACAAAUUGCUUUAUUACAAUCGUCGAAUGAACCAGAACCUUAUUUUAAUGGUCGUUUUGCAAGUAAUCAUGGUGGCGAUUAUUUAUCUCAUAUUAUAAAAUCAGCAAGUGAUGUUCAGUUAAAUCAAAGUCGAUAUUCAACAUCAUCAAAUUAUAAUCAAUUUAUUGAAGAUGCAAAAUUACGUAUGCAUGAACUUGAUCGUGAAGCUGAAAGAGUUGAAGAAAGUUAUCGUGACUACCAACAUCGUAUUAUGACUAAAACUUCACAUAUAAAUAAUUUACAACCAACAGGUAACCGCAAAGUCAUUAAGGACAACUCAAUUAUCAAAGAGUACCUAAUGCUUCUAUCAAAUCCAAAAAUUGAUUAUUCAUCAACAAGACGUGUGCCGACUGUAAAAUUAAAUACACAAAUACAAGGAACAACAAUAAAUACAAAUACAAUGCCUGCAUCAACAUCAUUGCAAGAUAUUAACUCACAUACACAUAAAUUUAAUUGGAAUAAAGAUCAACCAUUAAUUAAUUUAUCUGAGAGUUUAUUAGCAUCAAAAAAUGGAACAAAUAAUAGACAUAAAACAUUUUCUCAUAGUGAUGAUCGUAUCUUUGAACAUCCUGAAAUAACAAUUAAACCAUCAACAUUUGAUAAUAAAAGUUCACGACGUUCAUUAAUAAAUACAAAACCAAUAAAUACAAAUGAAAAUAAUAGUGGUACUGGUAGUGUACCAAAUAUUCUUGAACAUCCUGAUAUGAGAACACCAGUUGUUAUGGAAAGUCAACAAAUAUCAUUAUCAUCAUCAUCUUCAUCAACAUCAUCAACUAGUAGUGGUAAUAAUAGAAAAAUAAGUCGACAACAAUCAGCUGAUGUUUAUACAACAUUAGCAAGAACAGUAUCACCUGCUGGCCGUGAUAAUCAUCAAACUAAUUUAGUUCGAACGAAUUCACCAGGAUCUAUAAUUGAUAAUAUUAUGGAAAAUCCUGAACAAGAAAAGAGUGAAGAUAGUAGUUCAUUUUCACCACCACCAAUGAAUAAAGCUCCAGUAAAAAUUAUUCGUGAAUAUUCUGAACCAAGCUCAGCAUCAGAAAUUGAUCGAACAGGCAAACAUUCCAAUAAAAAUAAUAAACCACUAUCGGAAGAAGACGAUUUUUGGUGA